AUGAGAUAUGCUUUAUUCGCUAAUGUAGUUACGUUAACAAUAGGAGUUUUUGCUGUUGUUGAAGAUGCAAAGUCCAUGGCUGCUGAUGCUGACAUGAGUUUCUUCCUGGCGUUUUUAGAUGAUUUUAAUGAACGAUAUACAGAAUACACUUCUUAUAUGAUAAGGGAACAUCAUACAUUACCUCAGGAAGUUGCUAAUUACUACUACCACUUAAACGGUGUAGAUGAAUAUGACUUAAAAUCAGACAUCAUUAACCAAUUCCCGUUUACGAUAUUCAAAUCCUUCAUAACAGUCUUUCCCUGGUACUCAUCUUUGUUGUCUGAGGGUGGUAUUACUGAUAUGGUAUUGCCUGGUGAUUUCUUAAGUACUCCGACAUUAGACCUCUACACAUCUACCACAGACGCACCUACUGUAUCGCUUCUAACCUCUGUAGUUUCAAGUGUUACGUUGUCCAAUAAAGACAUAACCAAGGCAGCAAAAGCGGCAGCCAGCACUUACCUGGUAUCUAAUUACAUGUGGAUACUAUUAUUAUGUAUGGUUUUUGAUUUAAUAGGCUUUUUAACUCUAUAG